CGUUUAUGAUUUUAUGAUUUCAAAAUUUAUUCGAUUGUUUCAGUUCAUUUCACUUCACUUGUAGUUGUUCGCUGACGGUUGUACGGUCGUUUCAAAGUGUAAUUAUUCCAUCAUCGUUAUUCAAUUUAUAUCGUAAUUUUUCUCGAAACUAAUCUCCCUUUUCUUUUUACACAGCUCUAAAUUUUUAGCUGUUCAUCCUAUCUUACUCGAUUUGAAAAUCAUCAUGUCGAAUCGUGAUCCUGCCGCUGAGCAACUUCAGAAUUUCAAAUCGUCCGCUACGAAAACGGACACUUUGGUUACCGGCUAUGGGGCCCCUUUUGCCACUGGUAGUGCCUCUUUAACGGCUGGUCCUCAAGGGCCUAUUUUACUCCAAGAUUCAGACUUCAUCGAUGAAAUUACUCACUUCGACCGAGAACGUAUUCCUGAACGAGUGGUGCAUGCAAAAGGCGCAGGCGCGUUCGGAUAUUUCGAGUGCACCCACGAUAUUACAAAAUACACGAAAGCGUGCGUUUUUUCUAAAAUUGGUCAACGAACCGACCUUGCUGUACGGUUUUCUACCGUAGGCGGUGAAAGUGGCUCUGCAGAUACAGUACGUGAUCCACGUGGAUUUGCUGUCAAAUUCUACACCCCUGAUGGAAUAUGGGAUUUGGUUGGAAACAACACGCCGAUAUUUUUCGUCAGAGAUCCCAUCCUGUUUCCGAGCUUCAUCCAUACUCAAAAAAGAAACCCAGUAACGCAUUUAAAGGACGCUGACAUGUUCUGGGAUUUUAUUACUUUACGUCCAGAAACAACCCAUCAAGUAAUGUUCUUGUUUUCGGAUCGUGGAAUACCCGACGGUUACAGACACAUGAACGGAUACGGUAGCCAUACUUUCAAAAUGGUCAACGCAAACGGCGAAGCAUUUUGGUGUAAAUUCCACUUCAAACCUGUUCAAAAAGUAAAGAAUUUACCAGUCGAUAAAGCAGCCGAAAUCGCAUCUUCGGAUCCAGAUUAUAGUAUUCGCGAUCUAUACAACGCUAUCGCCAAAGGAGAUUUCCCGACUUGGACUUUGUAUAUUCAAAUUAUGACAUUAGAACAAGCUAAAACAUCCAAAUACAAUCCUUUCGACUUGACCAAGGUAUGGCCGCAUUCGGAUUGCCCGUUAAUUGAAGUCGGUAAAAUGGUCUUGAACAAGAACCCGACCAAUUAUUUCGCCGACGUUGAACAGCUGGCAUUUGCUCCUAAUCAUAUGAUUCCCGGCAUCGAACCCAGUCCUGAUAAAAUGUUACAAGGUCGUUUAUUCUCGUACAGCGAUACUCAUCGUCAUAGAUUAGGACCUAAUCAUCUUCAGUUACCGGUUAAUUGCCCGUAUCGCGUCAGUGUUACCAAUCACCAGAGAGAUGGUCCUCAAGCUUAUCAUAAUCAAGAGGGUGCGCCUAAUUAUUUCCCCAAUAGUUUUGGAGGACCGCAGCCCAGCCCGAAGGGUAAAAUUGUACCAUUCAAUGUAGAAGGAGUUGUUGACAGAUACGAAUCCGGCGACGAAAAUAACUUCGAACAACCGAAACAGUUUUGGAAAAAUGUUCUUCGCGAAGACGAACGUGCCAGAUUGGUUGAAAAUAUCGUCGCAGGUUUGAAAGACGCUGUUGACUUCAUUCAGGAAAGAGCGGUUAAAAAUUUCUCAUUGGUCGAUGCUGAAUUCGGCGAACGUUUGAGAAACGGUUUGAAUAUUGCUAAAAAGAACAAAGCUAAUUUAUAAUGAAAACAAUAUGUCGUAUUCGUGGUAAAAAAGGGCAACGCCAUAGAUGUUUCUCUACUCGUUAAUAGUGUACUCGUAGAAGCACUCAUUUGCUCACGUGAAUUUAAAAACUCGAAGGGUUUAAAUUUAUAUACUCGUAAUGUAUAUUAUCUCAAUUUGUUAUUACCACAUUAUUAUUUCUAUAAUUAUUACUUUUCUUGGUUUUGUUUUAUUUAUUUUCAUUUUGUACGGUUUUUGUCGUUUGUUAUGAUUAUGGUACUUACUCAAAAUAUAAAUGCAUUUAAUAAUA